AAAAGCCCCGUUUUGGCUUGAGAAACGCUCCCACAACCCUGGCUGGGGACAAGCAGAGACGCAGCUCCAGCACAAGGAGGGACCAUACGUCGUGUCUCCCCCCAAAACCCUGCCGGCCCCCCCGUCGCAGCAGCAGCGGGGCCGGCCCGUUCCCUGCCAUUGGCGAGAGCCCGGGAGAGCUUUUGUUCGGAUCCUCCCCUUCCUCUCCCUCCCGAAGGCGGAUUUUAAGAGGCUUUUUUCCCAACUUUCCAGAAGUUUCUCCCCGGCCCCUUAUAUACCCCCUCCGCGGAUCCGGGAGGUGCACAGGGGGAGCCGAGCAAAGCUGAGCCCCAGCCCCGCAUCAUCCCGCUGCAGGUCCUCAGAGGUGUUGGGUGCCACUAAAGCCAUGUGGAUUAUUCUGGUGCUUGCUCUCUGUGGCCUCGCCGCAGCCGUGCCGUCAGAGGACAGAAAGCUGAGCGACAAGGCCACCACGCUGGCUGACCGCAGCACGACACUGGCCUUCAACCUCUACCAUGCCAUGGCGAAAGACAAGAACAUGGAGAACAUCCUGCUGUCCCCUGUGGUCGUGGCCUCUUCCCUCGGCCUGGUGUCUCUCGGCGGCAAGGCUGCGACCGCCUCCCAAGCCAAAGCGGUGCUCAGUGCGGACAAACUGAACGAUGACUACCUGCACAGCGGGUUGUCCGAGCUCCUGAACGAGGUCAGCAACAGCACAGCCCGCAACGUCACCUGGAAGAUCGGCAACCGCUUGUACGGCCCGGCCUCCAUCAACUUCGCCGACGACUUUGUGAAGAACAGCAAGAAACACUAUAACUACGAGCACUCCAAGAUCAACUUCCGAGACAAAAGGAGCGCCCUGAAAUCCAUUAACGAGUGGGCAGCACAGACCACGGAUGGGAAACUCCCAGAGGUCACGAAAGACGUUGAGAAAACUGAUGGAGCCCUCAUUGUCAACGCCAUGUUCUUCAAGCCUCACUGGGAUGAGAAGUUCCAUCAUAAGAUGGUGGACAACCGUGGCUUCAUGGUGACCCGUUCCUACACCGUGGGAGUUCCCAUGAUGCAUCGCACGGGUCUCUACAAUUACUAUGAUGAUGAAACAGAGAAGCUCCAGGUAGUAGAGAUGCCACUAGCUCACAAGCUCUCCAGCAUGAUUUUUAUCAUGCCAAACCACGUGGAGCCCUUGGAGAGGGUUGAGAAACUGCUCAACAGGGAGCAGCUGAAGACCUGGGCUGGCAAGAUGAAGAAGAGAUCAGUGGCCAUCUCGCUGCCUAAAGUCGUCCUGGAAGUCAGCCAUGACCUUCAGAAACACUUGGCUGAUCUGGGCCUGACAGAAGCCAUUGACAAAACCAAGGCCGACCUGUCAAAGAUCUCUGGUAAGAAAGAUCUUUACCUGUCCAACGUCUUCCACGCGACCGCUCUCGAAUGGGACACGGAAGGGAACCCCUACGAUGCUGACAUCUAUGGCCGAGAGGAGAUGAGGAACCCCAAGCUCUUCUAUGCUGACCACCCCUUCAUCUUCAUGAUCAAGGACAAUAAAACCAACUCCAUUCUCUUCAUCGGCAGGCUCGUGAGGCCCAAAGGAGACAAGAUGCGUGAUGAGUUGUAGUUAGUUUGGUUUUUUUGUUUUGUUUUUUUUCCCAGAGCUUUGGUUUGUGUGUUUUUUUUAGUGGGCGAUUUCAAAAAAGGGGAGACACUAUUUUGUAUCCUUCUCGAACUAUGGGUGCUAUUCAGACCAGGGUGCAUUGUGAUGAGAAACCAGCAUACACUUUACCUCACCCCCCAAUAAUUUCUUGCACAAACCCACCUCCAGAGAAGAAUGGGGGUACCUGGCACAAGAGAGUCACCAGGAGAGGAAGGGAACUGGUGUGCACCAUCUCAGUUGAGAUAUUCAGGUUGAUGCCUCACGCCUCCCUGCACUAAAAUUAAGCCUCCUGCUAAAUCCCUUGCUGCUACCACCAGCCCGGCAAAGACACGAGUCCUCCAACCUUUCCAUCUCCAACGCAUCUGCACGUUUAGCUCUGCCGCUUCAUUUUCUCCCUCUUUGAUGCUAUGCAGGAUCACACCAGAGCUGCUCUGGUCGCUUUGCAGUUGUUCCUUGCUUCUCUCUUCUGUUUUCAGUGGUAUAUAACAGAGCAUGAAGGGCUGAAUUCUGUGGUCCAGCCUGCUCUGGGGCCCUGGGAGUAAAGCAGGACUAUCACAGCAUGUAAGAAUGAAGACUGUAUGGAGUUGUGCCCUUCUGUCUUGCCUGACCCUGAUCUGAAUGACUUCUAGAUACUCCAACCAUCAGUUUUUUAGCUAGAACGCUCACUGCAAAGCCAAGUGCAGCUUUGUUCAAUGCUUCACAAAGAAAUAAGUGGCUUAAUGGUGUUAGCAGAGAAGCCAAAGAACAGAUGGGCUUCUAGAAAGAGAAGCCUGAGGUGCUUUCAACACACAUGACAGAAAUGUGUUCCACACCUCUGGGGAUCGCCAAGGGGGCUUUUGGGCCAACAUCUGGAAUUAAACAUCCCGCACCAGGCAAAGAGAGAAUCUCCACUUAUCUUGGUGCUUCUGCAUCAGCAUAUAGGGCUGGGAAAGGGACAGUUCCCAGUUACCACUGGGAAGGGUCUCCCAGUUACCCAGUAGCAGCCCAAGGGACCCUGCUGGCAUCUCACAGGAAGGUGGCUCAAGUUUACUGUGACCUUCUCAAAGCUUUAAAGCUGCCAUUACCUGACUUCCUAAUGACCCUUUUCUGAAGCUCCUCUCCUCCAUGAUCCUUUAGCUCCCUUUGUUGGCUGACUUGGAUAAGGGCAGGCUGAAAAACAAAGGUAUUUAUAGUUAUAUUCGUAUUUAUGUCUGAUCAUCAGCAAGUUUCACAGCCUAGACUUGGAGGCUCUUCCCAUCUUCAAGGGAUAUCAUCAGGUUAAGACUAUCUUAAGUAACUGGUCCCAUGAGCACUGAAGCAUGUGUCGGGUAAGUCUUGCUGCGCACCAAGACAUCACAAAGCAAGUAACGACAAGAUUAUUGAAACGAGAGAAAUUGUGCAUCACAAUUUUAAGUGCCAGUUAUUUAAAACCACCAAGGAGAGUAACUGCGCUGCUUUUGUUUUUUUUCCCCGUCAGAUUGCGAAGCCCAAUACUGCAUUUUUUCAGACCACACACAGGACUAUUUCCACUUAUUUAUUAAGUUACAACUACAAAAUCUCUUAUUAGGAGUUUCCUACAGGGAAAAAUACAGCAGCGUGUGCUCCCGAAUUUGCCCUGACGAUGCCUUCACCAGGUUUGCAAUGUUACAGAAUCGCAGAAAAGCUCAUCUGCCCUAAUUCCAAUCCAAGCCAGCCCAAACGGGAAAUUGUUGUCCUUAAAGCCUCUUGCCAGAUCAUAUUCCCAGGUGCUUUUUCCCCACCGGUGUUGGGAGGUAGGAGACAAUCCUUGAGGAUGUGCCCAAAUGUACAAGAAGCCAAAAGCGCAGUGUGUAUGCUCGAUACUACCCAGAAUCAGCGCACUGAGACCCACACGCUGUAGUAUUUUAUGGAGGAUUUUAAGGGGGGGGGUGGGUAAAAGGAGUGGGCAAGGCAGGAACACACUGAUUUUGUGAAUAAUUUGCAUCAUGUGGAUGCAGGUGUCUGGUGGCUUUUAUUGUCUGUUCUUGUACCACACAGUGACAGUUGUAUAAUUUUGCAAUAAAACUUUUUCAAUGAA